UGAAAAAAGAAAGGUGUUUUAACUGGAUCGUUCCCCAUUUCACCUGCGGCUUCAGGGUCCUUUUCAGGCCAUGUAAUUGGCGACUGAUCUCGCUUCGUACAGGUGGCGGCCACCUUAACUAAGCGUCACAUUCUCUAGCCUAACCCAUCUUACAGUACCCUCUAAGGUCUCGUAGAAAGGAGGGCUGUGUUAGGCUGACCAAGAGCUUCAAGUUCCAUCACCCUUAAUAACAACCAGAAUUAACUCUUCACCCCAACACAGCGUCCGCAUCGACAACAUCAUCCAACAUCGGAGCUGCCUUGACAUCCAUCACCAUCCGAAGUAUUCUCGGUGAUUCGCCUCGUCUUUGCAGGGAAUGGGAAGCUUCCCUUCUCGCGACGCGUUGAUGGAGGAGAAGCCAUUGUGGGCGCCGUCCAUCAGCCAUGUCGUCUCAUACAGCCUCGCCUGAAUAAUCCUUGAAGGCCACUGCCUAUUCUCCCUACCAUGUCGCCGCAUGUGGUUGUCCAUGCUCCGUCUAUCAAGACCGCGUCGACAAUUUCCCACGAUGAUAUUCCACCACAGCCACUCGACCCAUAUCAACAUGAGGCUGACCCCUUCCGUCCUUUGCAGUCACAUGACCCCAACCACAUCGACAACCAUCUGCACUCCUAUGCAGUCGCCGAAGGAAACCAACCGAGGUCCGAAGCUGUUGCUAUCCAUAGACUACCUUCAGCGGUGCUACAAAGAAUAUUAUGGAUGGUCGACGCCGACACCUUUGCGUCUCUUGCCAUCCUGAACCGGGCCUGGUACGGAGCUGCUCAGAGUAAAGCGUUGUACGCGCAUCACCUGUCUCGAUGUCCUUCCUAUGCUUUGGUCAAUACGGUCAUCACCGGACCUUUUCGGAAAAAUGACUUGUAUCGACUCAAAUCCAAAUUCGCUGCUGAGAUCCGUCGAAAUCUGUUCAGAGCCUAUCUACGACCCCGGCAGACUCUCAUCAACCUGAUCUCCGUCAGUGCAAACUCAUCCGCUGCCGUACCCGGUGCUGAAGCCUUUCGUUUCGCCUUUUCGCCCAACGGGCAGACAAUUCUUGCCUUAAGCUCCUCUAGGAUAUAUGUGAUUGACGCAACAACUGAGCCAAUCACGGUCCGCAAUGAACUCAAGACUAUAAGACGACCACUGGCGGCUUCAGUCACUGACGAUGGGAGUGUAUUGGCCGUUUUGUCUUCCAAGCAUCAAGCCAAUGUCUAUAACCUGACACCAGUGGGAGUCCAGCAUGUGCAGGUCAUAGCCAUGGAAACGCCACCCCGGACUAUCGCGUUAGCUCCUCAGGGCACGGUCCUGGCAGCUGCGUACGAAGGUGGAGUAGAGGUAUUCUCGCUCGCGCCAACAGCAUUGUCGACUGAUCGCCGUGCCGUUCGGAGUGAAGGGGUGGAUAGCUUGAACUUCUCCGGCGACGGAUCCAUGUUGGUGGGGAGUACGCAAGACCUAGAAGAGCCUUCGACUGUGGUGAUAACGGCGCCUUUUUAUACGGAGAACGAUCUACCACCAAAGGAGAUCCAUAGUCGAAUGUGGACCACACAGAUCCUCUUUCCGCAAAUCAGCAGUGUCUGUAGCCAUGCAGAACUGCUCCAAGGUCAUACAGAAGGCGAUGCCAGUUGGCUGUUUGCCUAUGAUCAUACACUCAUGUCAUACAGAGCAGUCCGAACAGAUGACACGAGGACUGGUAUCGCCUACUUCUUGAAUCCACCCACGAGUCGUCGUUUCAGCAUGCCAGCACCCUCAACAGCACCGACUGCAACUGUGUGCGGAACCUUGGUGGUAGCUGGUUUCAGCGGAAGCGGGCUUUGGAUCUAUGGAGUUCCUGAAAAGUUGGACAUAAGCCCCGAUAUGGGUUCGGUCAUUGAAAGGCACGAAAAGCGUUUGCAAGCAAGGGGUCAACUCACCUCCGCCACGGGGCAUCUGGAACCGUUAAUGGCCUACUCACCGUCACUAUCUGGAAGCAGCGAGGAAAUCGAGGAAGAUUCAUUAGCAGCAAAAGUUGACUGGAGAGAAAGUCUGUUUGUCAAGUGUCAGGAAAUAAGGACCAUUGAAGGCUAUACUGCGGCCAAGUGGGUGGAAACAUGUGAGAAAAGAGAUUGUGAUUUUCCUGGCAAGAGACUAGUUGUGGUCGCUCCUGGAGGUGUUGAUCACUUUGUCGAAGCACUGGGAGACGAAACCAUGCCUUUGGACGGAUCUCGUGUUGCCAUUCUCGAUUUUGACUAUGCACCAUCUACGGGCGCCGAUCGUGAGAUCACAAUCGAAGUGGGCGACAAGCCGCCCGAGUUGUUGACGGAGCGGAUCGGCGACAUGGACAUUGAGGUAGCUAUGGAGAGGCGACGAAGCGUGCGGGACCGGGGAAGAGGCGCUGCACGAACCGCAGCCCUGGAUCGUUCAAUUACUACAGCAGCUGCCACCCAGGGUCAACAAUGGAACAGGGGGCGAACCACCAGUGCUUCUCAACCGUCAUCGCCGCUCGAUGUAGACGGACAGAGGGAUCGCGGCAAUUCGCCCGUGCGUGCCUCCAGGCCCUCUCAAGCGGACUUGCAAAGGUCAGCCAGUGCUGCAGGCUUCGCAACAGCUAAAUAUCCCCCAAGAGCACCGCUGGCGUCGCAGCAGCAAGAGGGAGGUCAUAUCGUCUAUCACAGAUCACCCACGCAGCCGUGGCCAUCCGGAGACGGGUGGGAGUCACCACCUCCGCCAUACUCGACUAACAGUCAGGGUCAAAUACAGCCAGGCAUUCCGCUGGGAUCGCCCCUGAUACAGCCUCGACCUUUGGGUGCGCAACAAUCAUCAGCUUCACCUUUGACAGGGAUCCCGGAGAACGGUCAUGCACAUGGACAGCUUCAUGGUCGUAGUUUUCAACGAACCUUUCCGCCUGGUCAUGUGCCACCGACGAAUCACCACUCACUUCCCUUUGCCCCUCAGAAUGGGCGCCCGACGUACCCUGACCUCCCUUUCAUGGGUGAGAGCAGGCCAUUAGGACCUGCUGGGGUCCAAUAUGUUGCUCCAACCCUGACCGGUGUGCCGCCAGGACCAUCGCCCACACCACCCAAUGAUCAACACGUUAUCUCUCCCAUGGCUCAGUUCUCGCCCUUGAAUAUGCCAAUGGCCACUCCAGUAUCUGCAGAGACAUCUUCCAGACCAGGGUCCGGGGAAGGACAUCGGAUGUCAGCCCCUGAUACGCCUGAGGUUGUGUCCCCAUUGAAUAUUUCUCAGCCGGCUCAGCAACCGUUUGAUUCGCCCUCUAUACCCCAACAUACGUCAAAACCCACGUCAUCUGGUUCUAUCACUCUCACUGGUGCUAAUCUACAAGCCCGCUUGAAUCAUCCCACGCCCCCAACGCCAACAACAUAUGAGCAGAUGUGGCAAUCGCAGUACGCAACUGCAGGACCUCCUACGCCUCCCAAAGCAGCAACUACGGCCACAGAAUCCCCCAUACCUACCGCCACGUCGUUCUCGGUUGCACCUCCUACGUCUGAUCAGAUGGCCAAUCUAAACCGUCGAAUGUCCCAGAAUGCUUGGAAGCCUCUGCCAUCCGUUUCGACCAACAGCCCAGCCCACCAGAACCACAAUAUUGCAACACGCGACUUCAGCGGGCGAUCGGUCGGGGGCCCCUCUGCACCUUGCGACUCAUGGGGUUCCGUUGGUAACAUAGGCCCAGCCACCUUCAACAAGACGGUGGGACUUUCCAACGGUGCAGCGAGGAACAACUCUCCUGCAAGCGGCCGCUCAAUACCCGUCUCCUCUUCAACCCCGAAUUUGCUCUCUACAAACCCAUUGUACUCUCAAAAUCGGCGUCCGCAGGUGGGCAGGCUUGAUACCAUCGAGAGUAUAUCGAGCUCAUACGGACCGGGCGAACCAGGGUUUAGGUCCCAUAGCAUAGGGCAGGUGACAAUGCCGAACGCAUAUCACAACUUCUAUCCGCAGAACCCACACGAGAUGCAACACGCCGCCAUGCAGCCAUCACAUCAAAACAGCCUGCAGACAGCCGAUGCCAAUCCGCCCCCAAGCUCGAGCUUGCUGAGAUACUCCAGAACAAGGAGAGGGAGGAAGAACAAACCGGGCCGCGAUCAUGGACAUUCUCAAACCAUGCCUUCAGUUGCUGACGCAGGUAAAAAGGAGAAAGGAAGUAAAUGUGUCGUCAUGUAAAGGUCAAUGUAGGGAGGAUUAUAUCUUUCACGAUUUUCAUACGAAUAUAAUAUGCGUAUAGCAGACUGUAAGCGCCGGCGAUGGCUGCUCUGGUCGAGGCCAUAAGAUCUAUUGCGAAACAUGUGUCCGUCAGACGGCGAGCGACCCUUUUCUCUGGUUUGCCGGUAACGGUAAAUCCCAGGGAUAGUCGCGACUAAAAAUGAUGACAACAUUGACAAAUUA